UGAGUUUAAAAAUGCGUAACGGUUUUUAUUAUAUUAACGAUCCUUAAACCUAAAAAUAUUGUUAAAUAAAUAGAAAUUCCAUGUUUCAUCUUUAAAAUACAUACUAUGUUCAAUAUAAAAGACAAAGAAUGAUAACAAACAAAAGGGAAAUCAAUUAACUCAUGGCAUUGCAAGAUAGUCACGCUACUUGACACUUUUCCUAUUUUUACAUUGAUCCGAUUACGAAGCCGUCUAAAUACGUCCAGUCACUCUCGACUGCUUAACGGAUUCGUUGGUGAUAAUAUUGAAAGCUGGUCACUAUCCUCUUUUAAAGAUAAGAGGUCAUAUUUCAAUAAAACAUCCACGAUUGUUAGUACGUAAACGGUUGUCAUUUACACUAAAUAUUAGUGAUGUACUUUCGCGUGUUUUUGCUUUUAACGGUGUUCUAUACAAACGGUGAAACUCUCAGAAUUCUUGGAUUAUUUGAACAUGCCGGUAAAAGCCAUCAUUGGGUUUUUGACCCCCUUUUAAGAAAACUGGCGGAAAAAGGACACGAUGUGACAGUUAUCAGUUUCUUUCCGCAAAAGACCAAAAUUCCUCGCUUCACUGAUAUAAGUUUAGAAAACUUGACGUACAUCGGAUUCGAAGUAUGGAAUUUAACUCGUGUUCAAAGAACUAUGAUGCAAACAGCCGUUCAUCUACUUGAACUGUCGGCGAAACGAACGUGCGCUGCUGUACUCCCAUCACCUCAAAUAAAGGAAUUUUUGAAAGGCAAUUUAACUUACGAUGUCAUCCUGACGGAAUUGUUCAAUACCAAUUGUUUUAUGUAUGUAGCUGCAAAAGUGAAUGCCCCAAUUAUAGGUUUAAGUUCGUGCGCGAUUUUACCUUUCUGGAAUGAGUUGUUUGCCAACCCCGACAAUCCUUCGUACAUUCCUAUGAUGUUUAUGGAUUACUCAGAUAAGCUGACAUUUCUUGAGAGAGUAGAAAAUACCCUUGUAUUAUGGUAUCAUAAGCUCUAUUUUGAGUUAGUGAUGAACCCAUAUACGCAAAAGAUUGUUAACGAAAAUUUUCCCGAUCACAUUGAUGUUUCGGCAGUUGCUAAAAAUGUAAGUUUAUUUUUGGUAAACACCCACUGGAGUAUUUCUAGACCAAGACCGUUUGUUCCAAACGUAAUAGAAGUUGGUGGUCUUAAUUUAGCCGAACCUGAAAGCCCUCCUCAGGUAAAUUUAGUUGAUUAUUAUUAAUGAAAAAAGUUUCUAGAUCUAGAUGUUCGUUUAUUUUAGGUUAGUCUUUAAUUUGACGAACAAUUAUCGUAUCAUUAGCUUUUUUAAGAUUUACGUUUGUGGUCAUUUAAUUAUUGGAAUAUGGAAACCGUAUGCAUAUACAGUUCUAGUUGCUGUUAAUAUAACCUUAUGUGUACAUCGUCAGUUUAUAUAAAAACUAUAUUUUCAAUGGCAGUUAUUU